GUGUUGUCCCGGAAGCAUGGCAACCAGGUGCCGGAUGUGACGCCACCCGGCGAUGGAGGAAGAGGAGGCCGCGGUGGGGAAGAUGAACGCCGAGCGGUGCCGCUUCCCAUACUGCGUCGUGUGGACGCCCAUCCCCGUCCUCACAUGGCUGUUCCCCAUAAUUGGUCAUAUGGGGAUAUGUACGUCAACUGGAGUAAUCCGUGACUUUGCAGGGCCUUACUACGUCUCUGAAGACAAUAUGGCAUUUGGGAAGCCUGUGAAAUACUGGAAGCUGGAUCCCAGCAAAGUAUAUACUUGUGGUCCUAAUGCCUGGGAUACUGCGGUGCAUGAUGCUUCUGAGGAGUACAAGCACCGUAUGCACAAUCUCUGCUGUGACAACUGCCACUCACAUGUCGCCUUGGCCUUAAAUCUCAUGCGAUAUGACAACAGCACUUCUUGGAACAUGGUUAAACUUUGCUUCUUUUCCUUGUUAUAUGGAAAGUAUGUAAGCAUAGGAGGCUUUGUGAAGACCUGGCUUCCGUUCAUCCUCUUUUUGGGAAUUAUCAUAAUAGUCAGCCUGACUCUUCACUUACGAUGAUGGAUGACACCAGCCUUUCCAUCCCUUUUUAAAGUGUCAAAAAUGGUGGCUUUUUCAUGGGAGAAGCGCCUAGAGCUUGGGAGCCCUUGUGAAAGAUAUCUACCUGUUUGUCCAAAUAUCCAUUGCCCCUUGAUCCUGUGGGACAUUUCCUUUCUUCCAUAGUUCUUCCCUUUGAAUGUCCAAGGAGGAGGAGGGGGAAACUCUUGCACUUUCCUUUUGCCGAAGCGCCCUCAUGACUGAAGAGUCCCAUGUGGAAAUACACUAUAAAGACCUGGGGUUUGCUGGAUGUGCAAGGGCUUUGUUCUCCUGUGGUACAUACUGGAGUUGGUUGUGAGGUUCCCUAAUCUCUCAGGGAAAGGUUCUUGAUUGCCAUUGUGAGUGGGUGGGUUGGAUACAGUCUUGCGUUGGCUUGCACUUUUUCUAAGAAGUGGGAAAUUGCAACUUUCUUGGGUGCAGCACUUUCCCAAAAAUUGGGUACCUCUAUUGUGGUAGCCUUUACAUUCAUGAAUGACCUCAUUAUACUUGGCAGAGUUGGCAUUGUACCCAAUAUGGGACUCAUUUUAUUGCUUAUCCUUCAGUGCUCUAAUGGGUUCAUGCUGUUGUAUUGCCUUUCUUGUUGCAUAGGUUUUAAAUAUAUAUCUUAUAAAAUAUAUCUUAUCAUUUCUCUAGGAUCAGCUGGAUUUUCUUAAUUCUUCCCCUUUCCUCAGCUGAAAUUGUCAUAAGUCCAGGCUUUCUGACAGCUGCCAUUGAGACAACUGUGCUCUGUAAAGAUAAUAAAGUUCCCUGUAUAGAUAACAUAUUUCUCAAAAUUCUCCUGUGUGAAGGAGUGAGAGAGACUAACUUCUUAAUUAAACUAUCUGGCUUUUAAAA